CGCCUCCCAAGCCUCCCCGCGCUGCGGCGAGGAGCGGCGAGCCUUCCAUCCCUAGCCGUCCGUCCUCAUGACAUUCACGAGCCCCCACUCCAAAACCUCCUCUUUUCUUCCGAAGGCCCAUCGUAGCUUCAUCGUCCCAUAAUCCCGCCCUCCUCUUCAUCCUUCAUUGAACGUCAUCACUCACGCACUCUUCUCACUCACCGCCAAUUCACCCACCGGACCGCUCCGUCCGCUGAGUCAGGCCAUUCCUCGUCGUGAAGGACGCGGAGGGUUCUCAUUUCUGGAUGGUGUUUGGAAGCUUUGUCUGUGCCGCACUAUGGGUCCUCGGGUGAGCAGGAAGAAAGAAAGCGAGACAAAAUCGUAGACAGAGGGACGCCUAGCUGCCCUUUGCAGUGAGGCUGUGGGUGAACAGUCUGUGUCUGACGCUGUUGUGUGUCCCUGGCAGGUUGUCCACGGGUCAUUGGCAGGGGGUGGAGGUGAGCGUCAUCGACCCCCAGACACUCCAGAUCAACCCGCCACUCAGUGUAAUGAGUCUCUCCUCCACUUCUGGGAAACUCAUUGUGAGAGACGGCGAGUGUCUUUGCGUGCGUGAUGCAUUGCAGGUGACUUUGUCUCUGUCUGAGGUGUACAUAUCUGCGGCGCCCAAGAUGGUCACCGCCUACAGCACCUGGGGCAACGUGCGCCGGGACAUCACACUGAGACUAUGCAACUCCAGGAAGGGAUGCACCCUGCAGGCCAUACACAAGGUACAUACCAUAAAGACGGUAACGAGGAUGUCGCAGGGAUGCACGUGUUUGACAAACGCAUGUAUCAUUCAGAAGCACUGCACACCCUCCAGCCUUCCUGAGAGCCCGAUUGUUAGCUGCCGCCUUCUCCAGCGCACCCUGGCGCUCUCAUGGGUCGUCGCGUACGCUCUUCUUGGGGCCAUCUGUGCCACUCUCCUGGCUGCCGUGCUCCUGAUGCUGCCUCUCGACUGUAUCAAGGCCGACAUGCGUCAGACUGGCGAGAGGGGCUGCUCCUACCAGACACUGCAUAUGACCAUCUUCACUCUCUAUACGGGUUGGCAGCACUCACAGACGGACCGGCGCAUUCUUUCUCGAGAUCAAUGAUGUCCCUGCCGUCUGUUGGUGUGUGUAUGGCUGUGUGCAGCUUCAUCCGUGUGUUCGUUGACGGCUCUGGCGCUGUACGGGCAGACAUCGAGCCUGUGGGAACUCAUCAACUUCCACCUCAUCGACCCACAACGCCUCCUCAUCCCAAUCGGCCUCGUCCAAGCCACACUCUUCGACUGGUCUGUCCUCGGCCCCUCAUUCUUCCUGUGCUCCCUCACCUCCCUCGGCAGCACACUGCUGCCAAUCAUCCUCCACCGCAUCACAGAGGAGACGGGCGGCGCACACAACACGUCCCCCCACAAUGAGGAGGCCCAGCUGCCGCAGGGGGGAAUGGGUGUGCCGGGUGAUGAUGCGGAUCCGGAUGAGUCCUUCUCGGCCAUCACGCGGGCGGUGGAGAGCGACACGUGCAUAUGGCGGCAGGGACGGGGGGAGAGGGGCGGCGGCGAUGAGGGGACGGUGUCCAUUACCUCGCCUUUGCUGGGCGGCACUGAUGAGUCGAGGGGCAUGUUCUCGGUGUCCAAGUGGCACGGCUGGACCACAUACGUUUUCGGCAUUGUCACGCUUCUGGUGUGUGUCGGAGGUCGGUGAGCUGGUCAAAGCACACACACCACACAGCACAGCACCAACAGCCAGACCGUUGGAUGGAUGGAUGAUACGGAUUGGAUUGAUCAACUAACUGCAUUUUUGCGUCUCUCUUCGCAGCGUCUGUCGUCUUCCUGCUCAAGACGGUGGAGAACACAUGCGCCAAGCGAACAUGUAAGCCACGCAGCCCAUCUGACAUUGCCCUGUCAUGUCCAGGGCAUGCUCUUCCUUCCGUGUCUCUUGCUGCAUUCAUUAUAUCAGGCCUGACCAACUCAGCCGACUGGACACUCUGGCAGAAAAUCGCCACAUACGUAAGACGCGCAGCCACACCGCAGGACGCAGUAUAUAUGGAUGUCUGUCCUUUCGCUGCUGUUGCUAUCGAUCGUUUGAUCGUCAGGGAACGAUUCUGUCGAUGGACCCGCUGAUCCCCGUGUUUGUCCAGGUGUUUGUGGGCAUGUUCUGGCCCUACGGACUGGUAGAGGAGCUGCAAUUUGACCCCGACAGGAUCAAGAACAGACUCUUCGCCUUCAGAGUCGUCACCAGAGGUGAAUACGCGGCACAGCACAGCACAGCACAGCACACACCACAUACAUAUACCCAUACCAAUCAUAGCUGGGUGGCUGGGUGGGCUGGUUGCGCAGGCAACGAUCCGGUGCUGAUCAACGAGACCCUUCGCAAGAACACGUCCCUGCUGCUGUGCCACCCCGACCUGCAGUGGAUAGUGGAGGCGGUCACACAGAGACAGCUGGGCCUGGCCCUGCAGACGGGCGUGCGCCCUGAGGCCGUCGACAGGAUAUACGAGAUAUACGUCCCCGAAGACUACAGGACGCCCAGAGGUACACAGCGGCAUGGGAGACGUGCCUGCACGUCACGCGGGGUGCAGCACUGUGUGUGCUGUGUGGUGUCAGGUACGCUGUACAAGGCGCGUAACCUUCAGUAUGCGUUGGAGGGUCGGCACAGUGUGCUCAACAAUGACGACUUCAUCAUCCACCUGGACGAGGAGACCCUGCUCGACCACAGCUCCAUCCUCGGCAUCAAGGCCUUCUUCGCGCAAUACCCCGACCGAAUCGGAAGUGGUACAGCCGCGCACACACACGCACGCACGCAGAGAGACACAGGAUGUGUGCAUGUGUCAUCCACCAUCUGUUUAUCGUUGCCACGACACGACAGGUCGCAUAGUGUAUGGCCAUGGUCCGGUGGUCAACCUCCUCACCACUUGCAUCGACUCCGUCCGCUUAUCAGAGGACCACUGCAGGUCCGGCCGGAUGCACUGCACCCACAUACACACAUACAUACAUAUGCACACCACAGUAUGCACUACACGACGACUACACUGCCGCUCUCUCUCCCUGUCUGUCUGUCUGUUUGUCUGUCUGUCUCUGUGUGUGUCGAUGCUAUGCUGUGUGUGUAUGCAGGACCCGUUUCUGGCAGAGUUUGGGGUUGCCGUCUCAGGGGCUGAAGGGGUCCUUCUUCGCCGUCCGCAAGGGCGUGGAGGAGCAUGUCACCUUCGAUGUCGGCGCUGCUGUCUCCAUAUGCGAAGGUCGGUCGGUCGAUGCCUGCCCCUCACCUCACCCCACCCCACCCCACCCACAGAGACACCACACUCACUUGAAAAGACUGCCUGCGUCUGUGCCUGUGUUGUCAUGACGUUGGUUGGUGUGUCCAGAUGCGUAUUUCGGUCUGAAGGCGCAGAUGUUGGGUUACAAAUUCGGGUGGAUUCGCGGCACGAUGAGGGAGUUCUCCCCAUUCACCUUCAUGGACCUCGCCAAGCAGAGACGGAGGUGGGCAGAUGACUGUGUACUCAUCCCAUCCGCCCUUCCGUCCGUCCGUCCGGCUGCCAAUGUGUUCGUGCAUUCAUUCAUGUGUAUUGUAUGUACUGAUAUGCGCAGAUGGAUUCAGGGUCACUGGAAGAUCAUCUGGAGUUCCGAGCUGUCGUGGGGCGUGCGGUGGCCGCUCCUCCUGGCCUUCCUCAUCUGGUCCUCCGUGCCAUUCACCGCAUUCUUGUGCACCAUUUUCAAACUCGCGUGCGCAUACAAACAAACCAUUAAGAAACAAAAAGGCCUGUCAACGCACCUAUCUCUGACGCAACCCCACCUAUGGCUCUCAGGGGUCGAGGCAGCCAGAGCGACACGGUGCCGUAUAGCCCCGCUUUGCUGUGGAUAGCCGGUCUGUCCUACGGCGCCUCCAUGGCUUGCUACUUCUUCGGAUCGUGCCAAAACUUCUCGAUUCGAUCCAGGUACUGGCUGAGGCAGGCAGCCAUGAAAGAAGCCACGCGAUCGCUGAAGCUGGGCCUUUUUUGUGUGUGUCUCCUGCCAUCCGUUCGUCUGUCUGUCAGGGGUCUGUUUGUGUAUCUGGUGUUGGUGCUUGGGACGACCAUCGGGCUGCCUUUGGUGACCUUCUGGGAGUCCUUCGUCAUGCUCUACAGCCUCGCCACAAGGGACAAAGGCUUCCAUGUCGUCCAGAAGACACUCCAAAGUCAUUUCUUGAUACGCUUUCCCCCUUCGGUAGCACACAUCUAUGUGUGUGACUUGUGUGCAGAUGGUGCCCAGCCGCCGCCCUCACAGAGGACGCCCAAGGAUGAAGAUGACCCCACAGCAGCACUUACAAAGGGUGAGAGGGACGAAAAGCAGAGACACGAAUCGAAGCACCCCACAUGUGCUUUGCAGCCUCCACUUGUGCAUCCGACGAGACGCAGCCGCAGAGAGGUGGCUCAUGACCGACAAGGCCGGCGGUGAAGGCAGGUGGCUGCGUGUGUAUCGUGGUGAAGUGACCCCAGCGCUUUUCGCGGAUGGGUUUCUGUCGGAGACAUGUGUGCCCGCGUGUGUGCUGCGACAUGGCGAUUUGGUGGCUGUCUUGCCUGCUGACGCAUGUGGGUCCGUUUGAGAAUGCCAAAA